AAGGCACCUAUGCUCUUCAGCUGACUUCCUACACACAGUUCUGUGAAAGAGAUCACAGAGUGAAAGAAAGAUGGCCGGGGAUUCAAGCCUGCUGGCUGCAGUCUCUCUUCUCUCUGCCUGUCAGCAAAGUUAUUUCGCUCUGCAGGUCGGACGAGUAAGACUAAAACACAAGAUUGCACCCCCAGCAGUCACAGGCCCUCUGGAGUUCGAGAGAAUAUUUCGUGCGCAGCAAAACUCUUUGGAGUUUUAUUCCGUAUUCAUCGUAACGCUGUGGAUGGCUGGGUGGUACUUCAAUCAAGUUUUUGCAGCCUGUCUGGGUCUCCUGUACAUAUAUGCCCGUCACAAGUAUUUCUGGGGCUAUGCAGAAGCCGCUGAGAAAAGGAUCACUGGUUUCCGGCUGAGCCUGGGGAUUUUGGCCUUGCUGACUGUCCUCGCUGUCCUGGGGGUAGCAAGCAGAUUCCUGGACGAAUACCUGGACUUUCAUGUUGCCAAGAAACUGAGGAAGCCCUUCUAAGUUUUUCUCUUCCCUUUCAUGCUUGUAGAGGCCGUCACUACUCUGAAAACAAUAUGAUGUCAUGUGUUAAAUAAAACUUUUAAAAC